AUGAGCAUGUACGAGAAAGCCUUGGAGGUGGAAACGCACACCCAGAUCCUCUACAACCGUGCAUUCGCGCAGACCGGUCUCUGUGCCUUCCGACAGGGUCUCAUUCCAGAAGCGCAUCACUACUUGAUGUUAUGGACGAUCGUGUGGUUGUGUUACUGUUAGUAGUGCUUUGUGUGAUUUUCUGUUGCAACUAGGGCAGUACUGGAUUUCAUAAGUAUUUCGGAGUUAGUUGCACAUCACAACUUGUUAUGAAAAAUACCAUGGCCUCAGUCACAGGUAGACACUUAUAGUUCCACAAGAGGUACCAUCAUGACAUGACGUAGAAGAACCCCUCUAAUCCGGGAACUCUGCACCUACAACAAGAGUAAGGAGCUACUCGCCCAAGGUGUCGCGUUUCAGCGAUUCAACGAGCGCAACCCGGAACAGGAAAAAACCGAACGCAGACGACAAUUGCCAUACCACAUGCACAUUCCCUUAGAUCACUUGGACGCGGCACACUUGAUCGCGGCUUUGCUACUAGAGGUUCCCAAUAUCCUGAUCCAGCAGAACAAUCCCGGACACCGUCGUCUGAUCUCCCGUGCUCUGCGGAAAUACUUGGAUGCGUUGGAUAAGAACGUAACACUUUUUAAUUAUUACAAGGUUAUUCCUUAGAAAUUUACUGCAUAGAAAUACUGACUUUGAAAAGUCCUAGGUAAAUCUCAUUAUUGCAACGCUAUUACAACGUUAGUCAGGGAAAUCUUAGGCAGCUCGCCGAAUAGAUUCAAAUCAUCAGUACCACGGUCGUCUUUGGGCUUCCUCGGUCGUUCAUCAACAUUAUUACAACGUUAGCUACCCCUUACAAUCUUCACAUGAUUCUUGGUUAAUGUAAGUACAACCUAGUUGUACGAGGAAGUAAACUAAAAAAUCUAUAUCAUCAUUCAGAAGUGCUAUCAACUAACCAGGAAGACCUUGGUUGGUCAGUGCUUGUUCAACAAUUGGAGAAUCUUGCUACGCAAAAUCUCUUUUAGUAAAAUGACGACACCAACUACCAGAUUCAACUUCAAUAUCAUACACAAUGCUUCAAUAUCAUACACAAUACCAGAUCUUCCAAACCCCUGCUGAGACGACCCGGGAGCACAUUCUGCAUGCCGCGCAGGCGAUUAUGCGAGGAGACUGGAAGGCUGCUCUUCACGUGCAUCUGAAACAGGUGAAAUUUUUGAGCGACAUAAUCGCUGUCGAAACCCUGGAACGACUGCUGAAGGAACAUUAUGGAUGAAUGAAGGGAUAAUUUAUUCGGAUAUUAUAGACUUUUUUUUUCUGAGUUUCGGUUGCUUGUUUGCCCAUCCAUCGUGCAACUUUUUUUAAGAGCACGCUGUCCGAGGAGGUGGCCGGGUCUUAAGUUAUACAUAGUGAAGAUGUUCAUUGCGACAAUAGCAAUACCGAUGCUCCGCAGUCACUAGAAUACCGACGCACACGACUCAUCUAAUCAAAAGCCGUUCGAUGCUACUGCCUGAAGCACACAUCCGCGUAUGAUAGUUUGGAUCUAGAGCAGUUGACGGAGAUGUUCCAACUGCCAGAAAAGCAGAUCCAUUCCAUUUGCUCGAGGAUGAUUCUGGAUGGCGAGGUAAUGUUCAUGUGGUCGUCUACAUGUUCAUGUGACUGGGUACACUAGUACUACUACUACUACUACUGGUCGUCUAGUUCUAGUCUUUUCGCCUAAUGGAAGAUGCCUCUUAAAGUAACCCUCCUUGUUUCACUUCUCAGGUACCACUCUUCUGGGACAAGAGUUCGCGUAUUUUGAUUGUCCGACAUGAGGACAGCAAUUCGAAGUUCCAACGUCUUACGAUGAGUGUAGCAGACCGCUGUGGUAAUGCGAUUGAGCAGCAUGAGCGCACUAUCGACUACAAGACAGGCCACUACAUGAAGAACCAGGGUCAAGGACAUGGCGGUCGGCAAGACCGUAACCAGGACGGUCAAGGCCAAGGCUUCCGGGACAUCUACUCUGAGGAUGUGAGACACUUCAACCGCACACGCUAUGCCAACGGCGCAAGGACGCGUGGCACAGUCAUCGUUGCGGGUAAAGGCAUGAAAGGAAAAGGAAAAGGAAAGGGCGGAAAAGGAGGUGGAAAGUUAUGGUCGACCUUACCCUAUAAUUCUUGGUAGACGGAGGUACCAUAUAGAUGGUGCCCUAUAAUUCUUGGUAGACGGAGGUACCAUAUAGAUGGUGCCCUAUAAUUCUUGGUAGGCGGAGGUACCAUAUAGAUGGUACCCUAUAAUUCUUGGUAGACGCUUGGUAGACGGAGGGACCAUAUAGAUGGUACCCUAUAAUUCUUGGUAGACGGAGGUACCAUAGAUACCGAUCUGUGUUUUUGUUAUUUGGUGGUGGAAAGAACCUGUUGUUGUGAUGUACUUAUAAUAUAGAUACUGUAAAUAACAUUUCUGAUCCCCUUCGGGGCAGAAGAUACCACAUAGAUACCUCUAAUUUUUGUACUUCUCGAAUACUACUACUACUACUACUACUAAAUAGAUUUUCUCGUCGUAAUGUUCUUGUGUCUUGUAUUUUUGAAAUUAGAGUGCCAUUUCUAAGAGGAGGCGGCAAGGGUGGAAUGGAAGGUCGGGAUGGGAAUCGUGUCCGGAUCGGAGGUUGGAACCGGGGUGCUAGGGAUAAUGCUGUCGGCUACGCCUUCAAGCCUGAAGAGCGAGGCUUUGGUCAGGGCGGAGGCGGUGGCGGCUUUGGUGGUGGCGGCUUCGGCGGUGGUUACAUUAAGGGUUGGUUAAAGGUGCUUUUCUUACCGCUUUUUAUGCCUCUCCUAAGGGAGAAAGGCAUAACAAGCGGGGAAAGGGAGCACCAAAAACCUACCUCUAAUUACAGCAGGCCGUUUGGCAGUGCAGGACUGUCAGGUGGCGGCGAAAGAGGAGGAGGCAAAGGCGUUUGGGCAUAAUCAACAACUGCAAAUGUAAAAUACUGUCAGCAAUUUCAAUUUGGUUUAAGAAGGUGUUACUUGUUGAGGAACGAAUUAUCACGAGUUCAUUUCUAAAUGUCGAUAUGUAACAUGCUCAGUUUGACUUUAUGGUGUCAUAGAUCUCAUACUUACUCGAUAUUAUGCCACCGCUGUACGAUAAACACCUAGAUGCCCCAAAUAAAACAAGAUCCACCCUCAAACGCGGUCUUCGUAGGAUUGACUGAACAUUACAAACAUUUGGGGUAACGACAUAGUUGUUUACAAAUGACCCACAGUAUUUUCAUUUAACCACGAUUACUGCUCGUUUUUCCUCUUCGAAAAGGAAAAAUUCAUGUGUCUACAUUUUGUCAAUAUUCUUGUCGAUAGUAACUAGCAACAAACAUGAAAAUGCUUCUCUAAACGAUGAUUGAAUAAUUCCUUAGAUCGAUAUCGACAUCAGAUAUGAACACGAUGCAAUUUUACUCUUACCUACAUUUAACCAGAUGAAACACUUACAACUAAAUUUGAGAUUUCAUGUCCAGUUGAAUCCUUUUGAACCGAUUUCAAUUUCGAAGAAUCUCAGACUUUGCUCAGCUGUUGUACCUCGUCGAUAAUGUUGCGAACGUUUGUUGUACCCGAGCCCCCACUUCUGCGCCGUAUUGUUGAAUGGAAGCCUACUAGAAGAU